AUGGAGAAAAGAAAUCUGGCUCCCUCUUCUGAGUCUGAUCUGAGAAUUAUACUGGUGGGUAAAGCUGGAGCAGGAAAGAGCGCUACUGGAAACACCAUCCUGGGUCGAAAAUUGUUUAGAUCAGAAAUGUCUUCAGAUUCAGUUACAGAAAAAUGCCAAGAUAAGCAUCAGAACUUUGGAAACAGAAGAAUCCUGGUGAUCGAUACUCCGGGGACUUUUGGUGAAAUGAAGGGAAAGAAAAUGACAGAUCAAAUAGAGGAGUGUGUGAAAAAGUCAGUUCCUGGUCCUCAUGCAUUUCUGCUGGUGAUCAGAAUAGGAAGAUUCACUCCUGAGGAGAGAAAAGCUGUGAAGUGGAUUCAGAAGAACUUUGGAAAAGAUGCUUCAAUGUACACCAUCGUUCUCUUCACCCACGCUGAUCAGCUGAAGGGGAAACCUCUGGAUAAGUAUAUUGAAGAAAACAGAGGAGAUCUGCGCUUAGUUAACGCCUGCGGAAAAAGAUAUCACGAAUUUAACAACGAGAAGAGAAAUGACCGAACUCAGGUCAUGAAGCUGCUGGAGGAGAUAGAUUCGAUGGACAAAUUUAAUGGAGGACAGUACUACACUAAUGAGAUGUUCAAAAAAGCACAGAGGAACAUAAAGUUGAAGAAAUAUGCAAAGAAUGCUGCACUGGGAGCAGCAGCUAUAGGUGGAGCAGCAGCUAUAUGUGGAGCAGCGGCUAUAGGUGGAGCUGUUGCAGUGCCGGCUGUAGCUGCAGGGGCUGUGGUGACUGCUCAAGCAGUGGUUGCAGUGCCGGCUGCACUGCCACCUGUUGUAGUGCCGGCUCUUGCAGUGGCUGCUGGCAUUUCAGCUGUAGUGGCAGAAUCAGGGAAAAUAAUUCAUAAUAAAAAUAAAAAAGACAAAUAG